AUGUCCACGGGACCGAAGAUAGUCCAUAAGCAGUUCAACUCACCUAUGGGGUUGUACUCGAAGCAGAACAUCCAGGAGACUCUGAACAAGCACCUGCAUAACCUUGACAAUGGAACUGUUGGAAUCGACUUCAACAAUCCAACCACAGACAAACCAGGAAACCUUGCCAACUCAGCAGUUCUCCGAAUGCUAGAAGAAGAAGAAAGAAACAGGAAAGGAUACCCAAAGUUAGACCCAACCCAAGUCCAGGCGAUCUUGGAAAACUUGGAACAUACGAAACGCCGAUUUGACGACUUUUGGCCCCCAGGAAGUAAGAGACCAGCACGUACCUGGAAUGGACAAAUCAACUCCACUUCCUAUCUUUACCCUCAGUUAUUGAAGGCUACCAAAGGCCAGAAGAAAGUGGUUUGGCCCCCAACGCCAGAAACCAACGGGUAUCAUAAUCCACAAGAGCAGCAGAGCCCAGGGUACUACAACAACGCGCAACAUUCGCCGUCUCAACCUCAAUACUCCCCUCAACCACAGUCUCAACCUACUCAGCCUCAAUACCAACCAACCUACUCCCCUCAACAGAACCAAACACCUAAUCAAAACCAAGGCCACUGUGAAGGCCGACGUCAGGAAGUCACAGGGCUAAGUAAACUACUCCCAGUUGGGCCCGGUGUAACAGCGGCCCCUGUUUCUCCUCCUUUCCGCCAGGCUCCUACAGGCCCAUUAUCCCCCUCUGCACAGCCCUACCGUCAGCAGCAAAGCCGUUGGGCACCUGUACCAGCUCCUACCUCACCCCAGCCACAGUCGCAGUACUCCCCACAGCCACAGUACUCUCCUCAGCCACAUUACACAGAGCCACAGUAUCAGCUUCCUCAAAAACAGUUUGAGCCGCCACCAACAACUAUCACUCUUCGUCCGCAACAACCAAUUCAUCAGUCGCCAUCACCUGUCUUUCCUAGUCAACCUGCCGCAGCGUCUUUCCAAGGAGGAAUCAACAUGAGAGGUGACAUGAAAUGGCCGCCACAGUCCGUGAAAGAAGCUGUAGCCGCAGAAAACGUGGCAAGAAGGGAGUUGGCCAAAGGCCCGGCCUGCAGACCACGCAAGGUUAAGAGGGAUUAUACGCCAUUCUUCUCGCAGCAUGCACUCAAUCACAGCUAUACUAGCUACAGAGUUCCUCCCGGCACGCAGCACUACGAGGAUCACUCGGGUCGAUCAUCCUAUUAA